CAGGGCGGAGGCGGCAACGUAGCUGGCGGGAGGUUCAGGGGCAAGAUGCUCUGGUUUCAAGGAAAUAGUAUGCAACUUCCCAAGUACUGCUUUCGACUCUUCCUGAGAAAUCUCUCAGCCUCUAAAACUGUACUGCCUGUGCUGACCUUAUUCACAAAGGAUCCAUGUCCCCUUUGUGAUGAAGCUAAGGAAGUUCUGGAGCCUUAUAAAAACAGGUUUGUUUUACAGGAGGUGGACAUCACACUUCCAGAAAACUCCACUUGGUAUGAGAGGUAUAAAUAUGACAUCCCUGUCUUUCAUUUGAAUGGCAAGUUUCUGAUGAUGCAUCGAGUAAACAUUUCGAAACUUGAAAAACAGCUCCAGAAACUUGAGCAGCAAGGUACUGGGGGCUGAUAAAAGCCCGCGUGAUUUUCCACCCUCGCUGUCCAGAAGGCAUCUUCCUGAGGAAAUGACCAUGGCCUUAUACUCCUUUUGUCACUGUUACACAGCCCUAAUGACGUUCUGAACUUAGUGGUGCCAAGUAAAUGUCGACAUUCCUCUUCUGAUUAAUGGGAAUACUGGUGUAGGAAGUAUUUACCUUUUGGCAUUUUAUAAAAUAAGAGGAGUAUAUUAGGAGAGAGGGGAUGGUGGAGGGCAGGAGAAACCCAUUUGUUUUACUUAUUUUUCUCCUUUGUGUUAAUAUGGAAACAUUUCACAUUUGUUGGACAGUGCCAUUUAUAGAAAGAAGUCUCUGCA